GUUGAAGUGUUGUAUUUUGCAAAAAGUGCUGAAAUAGCAGGAAUUCGCUCAGAGACCAUUUCUGUGCCACAGGAAAUAAAAGCAUUGCAGCUGUGGAAUGAGAUAGAAACACGACAUCCUGGAAUAUGAGUUAGUUUAAUUAGUAACUUUGCAGACGAUGCUUCCUAAAAUUGGCUGAUGUCAGAAAUCAGGUGAUAUUUGCUGUUCGUCAAGAAUAUGUCGAGCUUGGAGAUCAGCUCCUCUGGCUUCAGUCAGGAGACGAAAUUGCCGUUAUCCCCCCUAUCAGUGGAGGGUAGUUCUUUUGAGCCAGUUGGGAAAGAUAUGAAUGAAGUUGAGGAGAAAUCUAAAGAUAUAAUAAAAUUCACUGCUGAGAAACUCUCAGUAGAUGAAGUCUCCCAGUUGGUGAUUUCUCCACGCUGUGGUGCAAUAUCCCUGUUUGUAGGAACUACAAGAAAUAACUUUGAAGGGAAAAAAGUCAUUAGCUUAGAAUAUGAAGCAUAUCUACCCAUGGCAGAAAAUGAAAUCAGAAAAAUUUGUAGUGACAUUAGACAGAAAUGGCCAGUCAAACACAUGGCAGUGUUCCAUAGACUUGGCUCAGUUCCAGUGUCGGAAGCAAGCGUCAUCAUUGCUGCGUCCUCGGCCCACAGAGCUGCCUCCCUUGAGGCUGUGAGCUAUGCCAUUGAUACUCUGAAAGCCAAGGUGCCCAUAUGGAAAAAGGAAAUGUAUGAAGAGUCAUCAUCAUCUUGGAAAAGAAACAAAGAAUGCUUUUGGGCAACCAAUGAUUAAACCACAGUUUUUUAGAGUGCUAAAAUUUAAAUUUGUUAAACUUUUAUCUUUGAUCACAUUUUGAUUUUUCUUCUCCAAAAGUUCAGAUAGUGUAUUGAAGCACAAUCUCUUAUGUUACACCUGUGGGACAAAAGGGAGAAAAAAAGCAAAAUAAAUGAGUGUUUAGGAUGAGGACUUAUGCAGGAACUCUAUAGAAGUAGAGGAAGAGCUUUAGGGAAGAAAUGGAAGAAUAAUUUAAAUGUGAGGAAAGAUACCUGUGGUAGACAUAUUAUUCCAAGCCUAAGUUCUAAUUGUUAACGCGACUGAUACUGAGGUAUGGCCCCUCCUCACUGACUUUGUCUCAAAGAGAGCCUGCUCCCCGCCCCCUGCCCCCACAUCCAGUGAUCUCAUUGUUAUCAGGGAUGCAUUAUGGGAAUGUUGGCAGAACUGGGACAUAU